UAUAUAUAUUUUUAUAUAUUCAGGUUUCCUUCUUUUUUUGUGGAUCGUUUCUCUCUCUCUCUGUUUUUUUCUCCAAUUUUUGUUUGGUUACCAAGAAAAUUUCAGGAAAUGGAGGACAUAAUUAUAGUUGAUUCUAUGGAUAAAAAGUUUGAUAAAGUUUCUCGCAUAGAAGCACACAGCGAGAGGCUCGAAAUGCAGAUUACACUUGAUGUAAAUACAGAGAUUUAUCCAAUCAUUAAAAUAAAAGAUAAGUUUGCUUUGCUCAUUACUCCCACUCUUCAUGCUGAUGGAACAGGUGAUACCGGUUAUUACAUUCAGGGUAAGGAAGGAUCAAUUGCAGACAAGUACGAGUACAUUAUGUAUGGAAAAUUAUACAAAAUAACAGAAGAAGGUUCAAACAGAAGAAGGGUUCAGGAGGAAUUAUUCAUUUCAUUUGGAGGUCUUCUCUUGGAUAUGAAGGGAAAUCCAGAUUAUGUUACAGAGUUUCAGCUUGAUCACAAGUAUUACCUUUGUAUGAGGAAGUUGGAUUAGUCCCUUAAUUAGUUUACCUUUGGACUUGUGAAAACAUUUGUGUUAUUGGUUUAUCUUAAAGGGAAUUUCUUUACUUGUUUCUCAGUUAAACUUCGUACAAGCUUGGAAUUGCUUUGCUCUUAGAUUAUUACUCAAUUAAACUUUUCACAAGUUUGGAAUUUC